UGUGAGUGCAUGUGUGUGCGCGUGUGUGUGGCCAAAUGCAGACAAAGUGGCACACAACAACACAACGACCGAGACCCAUCAUGAACAGCGGAGAAGAUUGCUCGGAUACACUAGCCGCACUGCUGCUGCUGUCUGUGGCAUUGUUCGUGUCGUUGUGCGUCAACGCCACCUGUUGCGUCACACGGCGGGCGUCUUUGUGUACAGACCGCUGCCGGUGCGCAUACACUCACGCAGCAGACAGGCCUUCACAGGAGGGGAGGCGGCAUUUUGUUAACGCCCAUCGACCCGAGCAGCAAGACAAGGCUGACCAUAAACACCAUAAUCCCAUCUACGGAAACAUCACAGGUUCUGGGGAUUGUGACACAUUACAAGUACCUCAUGUGAACCCAUACUUCAAUGCAUCACUGCAAGCAAAAAAAAAGCCCUCAGAGGCCCUGAUGAACUACGCCUCUCUGGAUCUCAAUGUGGCAAAACAACGACAGCAGAAGCUCCAAGGCAACCGGUCAAAGCAGCUGUCAGUCCAUGUGACGGACACCACCCAUGGCCCCCACUUCGGAUCAGUGGAUUCUCAGAGCAGCGUCUACCUGAACAGCAAGUAUAUCGCCCAGGAGACGGACACCAUCGAGAAAGGCAGGACGUGUUCCUAUUCAGAAACUGUAAAGCUCGACCGAGUUUAAUCCAGAUCUGAUCCAGAUUCCACACAUGCAUACAAGUAUUCCUAGUCUAAUGAGGGAGAAAACCCGGUGUAAAAUCUUUUCCAAUUUAAAAUAAAAUUUGCUAUUUUGUGUGUAUUCAGAAGGUGUAAUUUUUGACCGAGUUUAAUAAAAAUCUUAUAUAGAUGGCAAAAAUGUAAAUUCAGCAGGGAAGAUUCUAUUUAACAUCUUUACAUGCUUUUGUGUAUUUGUAUAUAUUUAUACAUUCUUCCACAGUUGUUUUCCUUGUGCUCAGAUUAGAAAUCUGAUUUACAUUGUACCCUUGGCAACAAUGUUCUCAUCAGGGAAAAUCCUAUAUUUAUGUUCUUCCAAUGUAUUUCUCCCAAAAUGUACUUCAAAUCUUGAUCUGGUCCAGACUGCACAUUAAGCAACAAUGUACAAAAAAUGAUUAAAAUCCUAUUAAACAUC